AAAUAAAACCUAACAUAUGAAUCUUCAAAACAAAUUAUUGGAAGUCUUUGGCAUUGGGCUCCUCCCUACCUGGUGGUAGUAUAAGAGAGGUCGUUGCGCCUCUGGAGAAGGUACUCUCUUACUGUUGUGACAAGUAUUAGUACCUCCGACGAAAUGUUCUCAGCGCGUUUAAUGGUAGUAGUGCCGGUGUUGGUAGCCGCAGUGGUGGCACAAUCUGGAAGAUCGGACUUGGGCCCUUCGGCCAAACAGUCCUUACCGAUGGGCCCUCCUUUGAUGGGUUACUCGCCCCAAAUUUACCAGUUCGGAUAUCCCGGUCUCGGCUACGAUCCCAGCAAACAAUUUUACCCCGGUGGUCAGCCCCCCAUUGUUUACUAUGGAGGAGGUGCGCUACCCGGGCAGCAAUUCCUGUACAGACCCGGAUCACCACCACCCGGCAACUUUUUGAUACCCCAACCCUCGCCAGGCCUGGGAUUCCCACAGACGCCCGUCUUUCAAGCUGGCUACCCCAAACCGGCGCAUAUUCCACCGAUCGAAAAGGACGCCGAAGAAGUGCCAGAUUUAGCUGGUAAUCAUCCACCGACCAUAACCGGAAAGCCCUUCUAUCAGUCAGCGCAACCCGAAAGGAUCGAAACCUUCGACGAGCCCGUGUCCGCUGGCGAGCAGGACGAUUUGGCGGAAGGGGAGAAGGUGCCAAACUUCUUCCCCAAGAAGGCCUUCCCUGCCCGACCUAUUCUGAAGCCAGGACAGCAAUUCUUCAUAUUGAACGGAAAUACGUUAUUCUCGAACAUACCAGAACCCCAAAUUCCACGCCAAGUUCACCACCCGCAACAGCCGAUAUAUCAUCACCUACAGUUUCUGCCUCAAUUUGAGAAGCCAGAAUACGCUUUCCAAUCCGUGGCAAAACCAAGCGAAAACUACAUAUCGUUAAAUAACGUUGCGGAUUUUAGAGAAGCUAUACCAUUGGUGCCUUACCAAAGUCAGAAUCAACCACAAGCGCCUGUCGCGGCGUUAGUUAUCCCUCUAGCGCCCCAACCCUCGCGUGCUGGUAAGAACCUUCCAGUCCCAUCGCCGCACGGCGCCUUCCACGGACCAGUUCGCUACCCCUUCAUAAUCGCUCUGGAUGACCAGCGAAAAGAAGAUGACGACACUGUGACAAUCGAAGCUAGGCCAAUCGAGGAGCUCAAAAAGAUGGCAGAAAAGCCUAUCGCAAAAGAGGAAGACGAACCGUCUCUAUCGCAAGCUAAGCCUUCCGCUUUAGCUUUAUCGGGCAAAGGCGGCGUUGCCAGCGCCGGACCCCGAGGUACAGCUCUCGUUGGCGUUAGGGGAGUGGCCGUUGCAAGUCCCGAGGCUACGGCCGUAGCCGGACCCGACAGAGACGAGUCUGAGAAACCCGAUAAAAAAACGAGGCCGAAGAGUGAAAAGCGGCAAAGUGUUUCGAGUAGCUAAUUUCGUUUUAGAACUAGAUUUUAAGGAAAAAAUAAAUAUUUUUUAACGUUA